CAACUGGUGGAGUUACUCCGUCGCGGCUGCAACCAACUUUCGCGGAUGGAAAAUCCCUCAUACUGAUAACUAUCACCUCUGUGGCUUCAAUCACAUCCAUCCAUCCAUCCAUCCACCGAACCUCAUCCCAUUCCGCCCCUUUCCUCCCCCCUCGCCUUAUCGGGUCGAAAAUUUUCUCCCACUCCGGGUUACUCCAACAGAUUGACCGUCUUUCCACCUCUCAAAUCCCAACGUCUCCAAUCUCUGGUGCUGGCCCCUCCUUCCCCUUCCCCUCUCACUCUCUCUUUGAGUUAGUAACUGAAGUUACUAUUGAGGUCACGGCACGUGCAUCAUUAUCUAAUCCACGCCGCUGUAAUUGGACACUCGAUCAGUCCAGUAUACAUUAGCCCCUCUUACACGCAAUUCAAUUGAUUCCUUUUCCCCCCCAACACAGCCAAGCCAUGUCCGAACGAGGCUCAUUCCGAGGAGGUCGCGGCCGCGGCGGAGGUUACGGUGACCGGUCCGGCGGCCGUGGCGGGCAGGGCCGCGGUGGCGGUGCAGGUGGCGGUGCCCACCGCGAGCACCGCGACCACCGCGAGCAGCAGCAGCAGCAGCAAGAGAAGCCCAAGAAGGAGAACAUCCUCGAUCUGAACAAGUACAUGGACAAGGAGGUGCGCGUCAAGUUCAACGGAGGCCGUGAAGUCACUGGUAUCCUGAAGGGCUACGACCAAUUGAUGAACUUGGUUCUGGACGAUGUCAAGGAAGGCAUGCGCGAUGACGAAGGCAACGAGACCACGCGCUCGCUGGGGUUGAUCGUGGCCCGUGGUACGCUGAUUGUGUUGAUCUCCCCGGCCGAUGGCAGCGAGGAGAUCGCCAAUCCUUUCGUGCAACCGGAGGAGUAAGGGUUCCGUGGGUGGUGAUUCCAUGUAAUGCGAUUUGAAGAGCAUCGGCCAUGCCUCGAUGACGGCUGAGGUUGAUGGCCUCGAUGCCCGGCUAGACCUAAGGCCGAGUAAACCCAGUUGAGUUGUUCAAGGCCUCUACUGGUCGAGAAGGAGUCAUUCCAUUUACGAAAGCAGAUGAAAAGAUAUACCAGAUGUGCUUUGUGCUUUGUGCUUUGUGCUUCGUGCUUCGAGCCGUGACUGUACAGUACCUGAAAAUGAGCUUGCAUGCACUGGUCAAGUCAUAGGCCAUGAUUGCAGCAGAAUGAGUGACUAGAAAGAAAUAUCAAUGAGAUUAACGAC